CCUGGAUUUACUCGUUGAAUCGCUCACCCACUCACCAUAAUGCCUCAGGACAUGCCCCCUGCUGGGGGCUACGCCCCUGUUCAGUACAAGCGUAACAUCCCAGCUCGCGGCUUUCGACCCUUCUACUACCUCCUCGGUGCAAAUCUGAUCAUGGCAUACGGAUAUUACAAGCUGUUUUAUGGAAUUCGGGAGAAGAACGAGCUUGCUCGUGAGAAAAUCUGGUCCCGCAUUCAUCUCAUCCCGCUCCUCGAGGCCGAAGAAGACCGGGACCAAGUCCGCAGAUACUACGCGGAGAAGGCGCGCGAGAGGGACCUGCUUGGAAGGGAGACUAAGGUUUACAACAGCGAUAGGUUUGUUCGUCCUACGUUCGUUUAUACCCCGUCCAAGGUCAGCCAAUAGAUUCGCUCGAUGUGUAAGUCGAUGAAUGCAAUGGGUGAUUACCUCUAUGAAUGCUUGAAGGGCGAACUGAGGAAUUAAGUCGGGCGUUUACUUGGGAAUGGAUGGAAAUUCUUCUUUCCUACUAUGAAGUUGCCGAAUGGGCAUACCACGAGUCCUGGUUCAUGUUGGGUCGGAUGUGCUGAACCAGGACUGAUAUGACAGUGGUUCAUCUCGUUUGAGAAAUUCGCUAGUAGAGGUUACCACUGGAGGGAAAUUUGUAGAUAUUACUGCUAAGGAGAAGAUUAAGUGCGCACUUAGUUGUUCAUUAACC